UUAAAACCCUGUUAAGUCAAAACUCUAAACAAAUAUUCAAUUCAAAUAACCAAAUAAACCCAAAAGUCUAAUCUUCAUUUUAGACAAAAUUGUAUAAAAUCCAACCCAUCCUGAACCAAAGUCUAAUCUUCAGAGCGCGCUAUCUCAUGUGACUAGAAUGUCUCACCCCUUCCACCUCCUCCUCCUCCUCCUCACAUUCUCUCCGGCGAUCUCCAGAGCGGCGCUCAACCAAAGCGACGCCAUCAACCCCGACCAAUUCCGCUUCCCCAACCCCCGCCUCAGAGCAGCCUACAUUGCCCUCCAAACUUGGAAAACCACGGCCAUCUUCUCCGACCCCCAAAACUUCACCUCCUCCUGGGUAGGCCCCAAUGUCUGCUCGUAUUCCGGCGUAUUCUGCGCCCCUCUUCCCUCCCAACCUUCCCUCACCGUCGUCGCCGCCGUCGACCUAAACGGUGCCGACAUCGCCGGAUUCCUUCCCCCCGAACUAGCCCUCCUAUCCGACCUCGCCGUCUUCCAUCUCAACUCCAACCGCUUCUGCGGCGUCGUCCCUUCCACAUUCAGCCGCUUGAAGCUCCUCCACGAGCUCGAUCUCAGCAACAACCGCUUCGCCGGCAAGUUUCCUGCCGUCGUCCUAAAGCUACCGUCGCUUCGGUUCCUGGAUCUCAGGUUCAACGAGUUUGAAGGAAUGAUUCCGCCAGGUCUCUUCGAUCGCCCACUCGAUGCCAUCUUUCUUAACUCUAACCUCCUGCGCGGUGGAAUACCGGGGAACUUAGGAAACUCCCCUGUUUCUGUUGUUGUGCUCGCAAACAAUGAUCUUGGCGGCUGCAUUCCGUCGAGUAUUGGAAGGAUGGAGAGAAGUCUUAAUGAGAUCAUUCUUCUUAACGAUAAUCUGUCUGGGUGCAUUCCGCCGGAGGUCGGUAGGUUGCGGGAAGUUACUGUGUUUGAUGUGAGCUUUAAUGGACUGCAGGGUCCGAUUCCGGCGACUUUUGCGGGGUUGAGAAAUGUAGAGCAGCUUGAUAUUGGGAGAAAUAGGCUUACAGGAUUUGUUCCUGGUGCCGUUUGUAGGCUGCCGAAGCUGCAAAAUUUCACCUUUUCUUAUAAUUUCUUCUCUGGCGAGGCGCCGGAAUGUGUUGGGAGGAGAGGGGUGGUGUUUGAUGGGAGAGUAAACUGCAUCCCUGCAAUACCGGGACAACGACCGCCGAACCAGUGCACGGUUGCUGCUACGAAGCCUUUUGAUUGUAAGAAAGCGAACUGCGCCGGCGUCGGAGAGUUCCCACUCCCAGCGCCAGCGCACCAAGGUGGGAGACCGAGUUUGAACUCACCGCCUCCGCCGAAGCAAGGUGUAAUCUCUGGUUCCAGAUGGGCUCCUCCGCCACCUGCGCCCGUUAAUGGACAACACAAGGGACAAUUCACUGCUUCUCCACCGCCGCCAUUUUCGGGAUCAUCUCCGUCUACGAAAUCUCACCCUCCUCCGCCCAUUGGAGAAGCUCCGCCGCCUCCGCCGCCUCCGCCGCCCCCACCGACUUCUGGCUUUGAACCUGCGCGACCGCCACAUUACUCUGCACCGCCACCUAAAGCUUCGAGUCCGCCAGCGUACCAUUUGCCUCCACCGGCUGAGCAUCCUCUCCAUCCUCCGCCUCCUCCGGCGGAACAAGCAACCUCGCCUCCACCGGCCAAGCCACCGGUUCCUCACUCUCCACUUUCGCCAGAGCAACCGUGGUAUUACUCACCGCCUCCUCCAAAGCAACCGGUCAGCUCGCCACCUCCGGCAGAGCACCCCGUCUCCUCUCCUCCUCCGGCAAAGCAGCCUAUUUACUCCCCUGCUCCGGCAGAGCAACCGGUAAACUCACCACCUUCAUCCGAACAACCUGUCCAACGCUCGCCACCUCCGGCGGAGCAACCCGUCUACCAUUCCCCACCUCCAGCCGAGCAGUACCAUUCUCCACCCCCAGUGGAGCAGCCGGUUCAUCACUCACCACCUCCAACGGAACAACCGCCGUAUCAAUCGCCACCACCACCAAAACAUCCACUUCUCCAUUCUCCACCUCCGCCGCCGCUAAUAGCUUCGCCACCGCCUCCAUCUCCGCCUCCGCCGGCUAAUUGCGGAGGCGGAGGGAAUCUUCCUCUGCCGCCUGUCGUCGGAGUAUCCUAUGCGUCGCCGCCACCGCCUGUGAUACCUUACUACUGAACUUCAUGGCCGCGUGAUCAAUUAAUUUCUGGAUAUUUUUGCUGCUGCGAAGAGUAAAUAUUUUCUUUUUCUCCUUUUUAAUGUUAUUGCAAGUAAAAAGUCAGGUUUUUUUCAUGUAUUUGUACCCCGAGG